GGCGCCGCUUGUUGUGGCCAGCUGCACGCGCGCAAUGCUUUCGCGCGAAUAGCUUAGUUUUGAAUAUUUUGUCUCGCAUUCCUGAGCUCCGCAGGCUGUCGUUACAAGUAACCAAAACGCUCUGUAGUGCACUUUUCAGGAGGUGCCAACUACGCCUGAAGUCCAGACCUUUUGACAAGCUAACUGAAAGGUCUACGCUUUUUCGUGAGUGCGGUUUAUAUUAAUUAUCCAGCCAUAUCUCGACCUGCGGACAGACCGCCAUGAAGAAGCGAAAGACCUGUCCCUACGGCCCGACGAACGACUACGUUCUGAGCAGCCCCAUCGGACGCCUGGCCGUGAAAAGCUGUCCGCACGGCCUGCACAGCCUGCAUCAGAUGGAUGACGAGGCGCAUUUCUCGCCAGACUUGAGCAUUGAAGUGAAGCUGCUAAGCCAGGAGUUUGAGGACAAUGGCUACACCUACCAACCGGUGCUGAGCUGCUUGUCUUGGCUUGAAGCCUACUUCAAGAGUCCUCGUCCGGAGAGGAGGCCGUUGCCGGCUAUCUGCGGGCCAACUGUUUUUCCCAGAGGCUCGUUCACCGGUGCGGUCUGGCAAAUGUUAUCCGAGAGAGUCGGUCCAGGAACGACGGUGAGCUAUGGCGAGUUGGCGAGGCUCUGCAACAACCCCCGGGCUGCCCAGGCCGUUGGCUCGGCCAUGCGGAACAACCCGCUCCAACUCUUGGUGCCGUGUCAUCGUGUUGUGCGGCACAACGGUGCCCUGGGACACUAUGCCGGAGGGAAGCGUGAUGACGUGAAACAGUGGCUGCUCCACCACGAGGGAAUUAGCUACUAAAGGAGUGUGAAAAAGUUGAAUUGAGAUCGCGGAAUGCCUCCUAUAAGGUUUGUCCUUAGCACGUAAAUUAGCCCGAUUGCAGUGCUUGUUACUCCAACUAUUGAUCCUGGCUAUAGAAUAUUCCAAUCCUGAUCAACACGCACAAGAAGACGCCUAUCAGAAACGCAACAGGUUGUCUUUUUGCGUACGCAGUUGACAAAAUAUGGUUGUCAGGCAAAGUUCAAUUGGCGAUUGCCACAUGCCUGGCUUACAUUGCACGAUACGAUUAGAACAACUGUAGAAAAGUAAGAAUGCUUUCACCGUAAUGUUCACUGCCAAAGCGAUAUGCAUUGUGAAAUAGAGUGCCAGAAGGUUUCAAAGGUGACCGCUCGGCAGUACAUGGCAAAAGUGUUCAAUUUAUUCAUGCCACAUUGUUAUCCUCCGAACUGGUGGCAGCGUGGUCAAUCAAAUCACUCUAUUUUGCCAUGACCUAACAUGUCAUCUAGCCCCAUAAGCCGUAGACGUAACAGGUUUACAAAACAAGCAUGGUUUGAUUCCACAAAUGCGGAUUACUGUGCAGAUAACCGAGUUAUGAGCCGGCCUCAUUGCUCAUAAAGUUGUGACAUGUACAGGUUAUCCCGGUAACAUGAAAGGAAGGUAUGAUUGAACAAAUUCAUGUUCUGUCACGGAAAUCACCGUAAAGUUGGACACUACAUUGCCAUGUGGUCAGCCUAGUAUUGUACCCCCAUAUGUUGAAAUAAUUUGCUAAGUUUACCUUGCCAGUGGGUUGUUGUUCAAUAAUGCCGGCCAAUUGAAGCAAGUUUGUAAAGAAAGCUUUUAGUUGUUAAGACUUAAAAAUGUCGCAGGAACACUGCUGAUUUUAAUGUAGUCACAAGUCAGCUACGUAAGUCCACUGGAGAUUUGACUGUUCAAGCAAAGUAAAGGCAUAACUAAACAUACCGAGAGCUUGUGAAGCAGCUAGUCUUGUUUUAUUUUGAGUUGCUCAACUUGUAUAUAGUUUAAAAUGUCUCUGUAUUGUGUAUCUUCCCUAUGACAAGUUCAUUGACUUGAUAUAAACUGAUCAUUUUUUGGGCCACUUUCAGUUGCCUUCAUACAAAUAGUUAUGAAAGAGGCAAAUUUGGUAAACGCGAACUUCACCUCGGGAGAAGCGAGAGUGAGGUUGGCAGCUAUCAACUUAUGUCGAUGGUGCUCUGUUUUUAAAGGUACUCAUUCUAAUACCCCUACUCUAUGUAGUUAGCUCAGUUGAAUCAUUAAAACAGCUCAUUUUCCACACAGGGUGUGGGAUUUAAUGCUCUUGCACUGUUUUUUUUUUUACCGUAACACCCGGUACUCUGCUGUCUGUGCAAGAAUCUCAUUAGAGUUUUUUUACCGAAGCACCUAUUUUGGUGAACGUCUGUUUUGUGUAACAUAUGUGAUAAUGUUUGCUGUUGCUUUGUACGAUAUGGAAGAUAUUGAGUGAUGAAUGUGGAGAAGCCACUAAAUGAAUUUGCGAGAUAAUGAGUUUGAGGGAAUAUCGAUGCUGGUAUAAAUGGUACAAUUGGUUGCUGGGUCCCGUGGAUUUAAUAUGUACGGUGUUCCUUUUAUCUAAUUGCUGCCUGACGUAAGACAGGGAGUGCACAAGUGUGGGCAGCUGCACCCAAUUGUAGGGCUUCCUUCAGAGUCUCUAAUUGAUUGUUUUUGGUCAUGUAAUACGUCAACUCAAUAAAAUAUAACCUGCAAACUACCAACAAA